CUUUUGGAAGUUACAUAUGGAGAAUUGGACAUAUUCUCUGCCCCAUUAAAUUAUACUCUAGGCACUACUAACUCUAGAUCAUAUAAUUAUUAGUUAAUGAUAUCCUCAUGAUUGAUUUGAUUGUGCAAAAAAUGUUCUCUAAAAUCUCAUUCCCACAAUGACCCAUUUUCUCAUUAUUGCAAUGAUAAUAAUGUUGCUAAUUACUUAAUUAAGAGCAUGCAAUUGAAGAAAAAGCAAAGACAAAACUAGUAAAAAGCCUCUUCCUCUAUCUGUGAUUGUAGUGUAUUGCCAGCACUUGUUGCAUUUGUUUAGGCAGAAAGUAAACAAUCAAAGAAAAAUUAAGUGAUCAAAUGAUUAGCAUAAGCAUCUGAGUGACGAAUUAAAGCACUACCAAUUAAUUAGUACCUUUGGAAAAAACUUAUUAAUACAAUUAGUGGCUGCACUAUUUGAUUAAAAAAAAUGAAUUAUAUACCAAAUAAGGAAAUUGCAGAUAGAUCCAUGCAUUGUGUUACAUAAUAUAAAUGCCCCAAAUGGAAAGGUCUGGCUAUAUUUGUUUCUCUUUUUCAUUCAUAAAAUAAUGAUAAUUUCUCCUUUAAUCAUCCUUUAUUGUUUGUGUAGAGCGUAGUUUCCCAUAAUACAAAAGCUAAAUAAAUUUAAUUAGUUCCUUUAGCUCGAGACUGUCUUAGAAGGAUCCAUUUCUGUGCAAAUAAAAUUCUUUCUGUCUCCGCUUUACCUUUAAAAAUUACAGCAAAUCAAACCAACUAAAUCACAAUUAGAAAUUAGGAACUGAUCUAAGUUAUGUCUCAAUAUCUAUGGUUAUCUAUACUUGGUUAUCAAGGCGGAACAAACCCGUUUGCGAAUUGUUUGGUAUUCGACUAUUCGUAUUGAUAAAAAACAUGUUCGACAUUCGAUUUGUUGUUUAACGAGUCAGUUAUGAUCAGUCAAGUCAUGAUUAGCAAACGGGUCACGCGUUUGAAUUUGAUCCCGCUAAUCUUGGCAUGCUCUUGCGAGCUAGCUUGACUCGGUAGGCAAGUCAUUAUUAUUAUUAUUCUGCACGUGAUAAUGACCUUGUCGAUAUAUGGAGAGAAAAAAAAGAUGUCCUGCCUAGGGAGAGAUACAGAAGAAACGAUGCACAUUGCUAGUAAACGCAUGGUAUAAGAUCCAUACUAGAUUCUCUCUCCCAACAAGUCGAGUUUAUCGGGACGGAUUGGUUGUUGACAUGGUAUCGAAGUCUUCAGAAGACUUGAGAAAUCUUGUGUUCGAAUUUCGAUGAACUCGCCAUUUUGUUAAGCACUUGAUAGUAUGACGACGACCAGUAGUGCAAACUUCUCUCGAAUCUCCAUAUGCUGAGUUGGCUUUUUUCGUUUGAUAAGGCAUGUUCGUAAAUUAUAUAAUAUCCAUACCUGAACCUCUUUUAACAACUCGCGAGUUAUUGAGAUUAAUUAGUUAUAUUGAGAUACUUGUUUUUCUUUCUCACCAAUUAUACAUCAAAAUAAAUCCACACAUACCACUUUUAAACUAAAGUUCCAUGUCCACUUUCACUUACUAUAAAUGUAGGGUUUGGGGCACUUCCCACUCCUCAAUUCCCAACCAACAAAAACUAAACCAACCAAUAAGGGAAAUAGUGAAGUACUACUACUGUACUUCUUCCCCUCUCUUAGUUCCUCUCCAUCCUUCAAUUUCUCUCUCUCUCUCUCUCUCUCUAGAAUGGGGAAAGUGAUGUCAGAUCCUCUGGAGAUUGGGAGAGUGAUAGGAGAUGUAGUAGAUAGCUUCAACCCUAGUGUGAAGAUGAAGGUCACUUACAACUCCACAAAGCUGCAGGUCUUCAAUGGCCAUGAGCUCUUCCCUUCUGCUGUUACUCUCAAGCCCAAAGUUGAAGUCCUUGGUGGUGAUCUCAGGUCCUUCUUCACUCUGGUGAUGACAGACCCAGAUGUCCCUGGGCCGAGUGAUCCUUACCUGAGAGAGCACUUGCACUGGGUAGUGACUGAUAUCCCAGGCACCACUGAUGCAACAUUUGGGAGGGAAGUGGUGAGCUACGAGAUGCCACGGCCGAACAUAGGGAUCCACAGGUACGUGUUCCUGCUGUUCAAGCAGAAGUCCAGAGGCCAAACGACGUCGUCGUCUUCGUGCUCGAGGGACAACUUCAACACCAGGAGGUUUGCUCGCGACAACCAGCUUGGCCUCCCCGUCGCCGCCGUCUUCUUCAACGCUCAGCGCGAGACCGCCGCCCGCCGCCGCUAGCCAUCUUUUUCCUCAGUCAUCAUUAUAUUGUACUACAUUAAUUUAUAUCCAGAAGCAGAAUAUAUCUAUCUGUUACUGUACGUGCUUUCGAUUACCCGAUUUUUUUUUAACAAUAAUUCCAUCUUAUAUUUCACUAUCGAAACAAACGUGAAACUCCGGUUACAUUAUUACAGAAGAUCAGAAAUUAGAUCAAGAAUUACUAAUCCAGUCAACAGGUAGAGUAGAUCUAGCAUUAUGAGAAAUUUUACAAUGCUAUAUAGUAUUGGUGCUAUAGGAUUUUGCUUUUAUGGUACAACUUAAAAUUGUACGUUUAUGUUAUGGUACAAUUUCAGACUGUACCUAUACUUUUUGUACAAAUUCUUUUAUGGUACAACUUGAACUUGUACCUUUAUGUGAUGGUACAACUUCAAGUUGUAAAGUUGUACCAUAACAUAAUGGUACAAAUUGCUUUAUGGUACAACCUAAACUUAUACAUUUAAUGUUAUGGUACAACUUUAAGUUGUACAUUAAAGCACCAAUACUAUAUAGCAUAGUAGAAGUGCUCCUAGCAUUAUAGCGUGCUACGUACCCAAUCGGCUCCGACAUUCAACGCUCUCGGCACCUUAUUGACUUUAAUGGACAGGUUAUUUUCUAAGGAUGUUGAUCACCGAGCCAAUCCACCAGGCCGCGCACACCGCCAUGGCCAUCCCGAAUAAUCUUUUUUUCAAGGCUAUCCACCAGAACCCGACAGUCAGAAAAGACCGUGCAUUCCGUUCGUUCCAAAUUCUUGUGCUAAUUUAAUACCUUCCAAGAGGCGAGGGCCUUUGCUUCCGCUUUUAAUCGGGGUGGAACAAAGAAGGGUCUCAGCUAGCUCGUCCAUCACUCACUUGUCCAUGGUGGUUAGAAGUCACAACAUCAUAAGCCGCCGGCUGGGAGUCGCUAAUGAACCACCCAUCACAAUGAAUCAUCAAAGGGUGAUUACUUGGCGGGGGAUUCGUAGAGGUAUGGGUUCCCCUGAGCUGAGUAGGAGAGGCAUCAUUUGAAGAUGGGGGCAUCGUGUAAACAUAAAUCAUAAUAGCAUGGAUCUUAGAAUUAGAUGAUUUCACGAAUCGAUAAUAGAUCGGGGAAACCUACCUCGAUCCAUGACGAGAGCGGCGGCGGCGCUGGAGUAGUAAUCACCGGAAUUGUGUUUCUCCCUCUUGACCCCUUUAGGUUUUAGGUUUAGAGAUUUCUGUGAUGGCUAAGAAAUUCUACGUAAUGGG